AGAUAUGUGACCCACUGUCUCUAAGAUCACAUAGGUCAGUUUAUGAAUGGGAGAAGUCUGGCUUAUUUUAACUUGGAACCACCCUCCAUCUCUCUCUCUCUCUCUCUCUCUCUCCACCAUCCAUGAUUCCUUAAGGUGAGACAAGGACAGCAUGUCCACUCCACCAACACCAGUCUCCUCCAAACCUACUUUGCUGAAUCAAUUGAGAAAAGCCACACAAUGGAUUUCACAGACAUUCUGGAGAAGAUGCUGACGGAUUUCUCAGCUGUUUUAUAUUUUUAAAUAAUUUUUUUAAUGUUCCUUUGUGGGAAUAUAAUUGGGUAUAUAUAUUUUUUUGGAUCCUGUGUGCUAAUUUGUAGCACUGGUGCUAUUUUUUUCUUGUAGCAGGUUACAAGCUGUUCCUUUAAGGGUUUCCUUUCAUUCCUUAGCACUGGCUGUUGGUAGGCAUUACAGGAGUCCUCUUGCUAGAGAUGGUCUUCUGGAGACACCAGCCCAGCAAGCUUUUGUGUCCUCUCUUUGAUGAGACCUUUUUAACAAAGGUGAAGUGGGUUUCUUUUAGCUGUGGAAGAGUGGAGUGACCUGUCAAGAUGAAGUCCCAUCAAUAGUUAUUUUGUAGCAGGAAUUAUCUUACCUUCCAAACCGAUAUUCAGCUGCAUGACUGAGGUUCCUACGUUAAAGCCGAGGCCGUCAGGACUGAGGGUAGCUGAAAUUAAGAAUUCAAGACUUUUCUUGCAGAAAAAAAGGAAUUUCUCUGGGUACAAUCAGGGAAUGAUCAUUUAUAAUGAUGAUGUUCGAUACACAGAGCUCCACUCAGGAGAUCGGAGAAGAGGUCUACGAUGGAGUUGUCUAUAGCAUCUCGCUCCGUAAAGUGCAGCUGCACCAUACCGCCAACAAGGGACAGCGUUGGCUGGGGGUAAGCAGAGUUCCAUCACCCAUGGGCAAUGCGGAAGGCGGGCUCGCCGGACCCCGGGAUGCCACGUAUGAAAAUGAGUCAACUUUGAGCUUGUAUGAGACCUGCAAGGUGAGAACCAUCAAGGCUGGGACCCUGGAGAAGUUGGUGGAAUACCUGGUCUCCGCAUUCAGAGGCAACGACUUCACUUACGUCACCAUCUUCCUGUGCACAUAUAGAGCUUUUGCGACCACCAAGCAGGUUCUGGACCUUCUUCUCAACAUGUUUGGACGACUAAACCCCAAGCUGAAUGGGGAACUCUCUCAUGACACUAUCGACGAUCGGCUGGAACUGAAAAACACCGUCUCGUCCAUCUUGGGCGCCUGGCUCGAUCAAUACUCCGAGGAUUUCCGUCAGGCCCCGGAUUACGUCUGUCUGAAGCAGCUCAUCGCUUACGUCCGGUACAACAUCCCCGGCUCAGACUUGGAGCGAAGAGCUCGCAAUUUAUUGGCGCAGUUCCAGAGCCAGCACCUCAUAAGGACCGAUCAGACCGUUGUGGACCAUUCAAGCUGCACUUUACGGCUGAUUGAAGAAAACUCUCUCUUGGAAGGAAAGCCCGAUUUCCUCUCCUUCCGGCAGGAUAUGCUGGCUGAACAAUUUACAGUUAUGGACGCUGACCUUUUCAAGAAAGUGGUGCCUUACCACUGCCUGGGUUGUAUCUGGUCCCAAAGAGACAAAAAGGGCAAGGAACACUUGGCUCCGACAAUCAGGGCCACCGUUUCGCAGUUCAACAGGGUCACCAACUGCGUGAUCUUCACUUGCCUGAACGACCGAUCUCUGAAGCCCCAGCAGAGAGCCAAAGUGUUGGAGCGCUGGAUAGAUGUGGCGAGGGUACGUGUAACCAUAACUAUUCUCUCCCGUUUUACCAUCCGUUAUAAUGGAGUAGAGGUUUAUUUUAUACUUCCUUGCCCGCAGGAGUGUCGCAUUCUCAAGAACUUCUCGUCCUUACGGGCCAUUUUGUCCGCUCUUCAGUGUAAUGCUAUCCAUCGCCUGAAGAAGACAUGGGAUGAGGUGUCCAGGGAGAGCUUCCGCACAUUCAUGGAACUUUCUGAAAUAUUUUCUGACGAAAAUAACCACUCGGUUAGCCGAGAACUAUUGAUUAAGGAAGGGACUUCCAAGUUUGCAACGCUUGAUAUUAACCCUAAAAGGGCACAGAAGAGACAGCAGCAGCAGAGAGAAAUGGGUGUAAUGCAAGGCACCAUUCCUUACCUGGGUACCUUCCUGACAGACCUGGUGAUGCUGGACACAGCCAUGAAGGAUUAUUUGGAGGGAGGACUCAUCAACUUUGAGAAGAGACGGAAGGAGUUUGAGGUUAUUGCCCAAAUAAAAUUGCUGCAGUCAGCUUGUAACAACUACAGCUUCCUCCCGGAUGAAUCCUUCGUCGAGUGGUUUCAAAAUAUGGAACGACUAACUGAGGGAGAAAGUUAUAGCCUAUCCUGUGAAAUCGAGCCUCUGUCGGACCCUGCCAGCAACACAUUGAAAGCCAAGAAGAACACCGGCAUCAUCAAAAGAUGGAGCGAUAGACAACCGGCCAACUCAGAGCCUUGUACCAGUGUCAGCUCCCAUUCCAAGUCCUUUGACCAGCUCAGGUGCAGUCUGCACUUUUGUGGAAGCGAAGCACCAGACUCUCUCAGCGUGACCUCCGCUGGCUCAAGCAGCUCAGACGUGGAGGAAAUCAACAUCAGCAUUGUCCCAGACUCCCCGGAUUGUCAAGAAAAGAAGGUACAAGAGGAACCGGCUUGUUCAUCGCCGGCAAAGCCCACAGAACACUGCGUUCCCAAGGGGUUUUGGGAGUCAACCUCAGUCUCCUCUUUGGACACUUCUGGAAUCGGCUCAGCCUCUAGUAGCAUGACCUCAACCCCUGUUUCAGCCUCGCGGGCUCACAAACGCUCUGUGUCCGGUAUAUCCAACUACUCCUCCAUGUCCCUUCCGCUCUACAACCAGCAGAUAGACGACUGCUGUAUUAUCCGCGUCAGCUUAGAUGUGGACAAUGGAAACCUGUACAAGAGCAUUAUGGUGACGAGCCAGGACAAGACCCCAGCUGUGAUCAGGAAAGCAAUGGCUAAGCACAACUUGGAUGGAGAACGUCCAGAGGAUUAUGAACUUGUUCAAAAAAUGUCUGAAGAAAAAGAAUUAAAGAUCCCCAGCAACGCCAACGUGUUUUAUGCCAUGAACUCAGGCGCCAACUAUGACUUUGUACUGAAGAAACGCGGCUACUCCAAUGCAGUCAAGAUAAAACAUGGCUCGAGCUCCACCUUGCCGCGCAUGAAGCAGAAAGGACUUAAGAUUGCCAAGGGCAUCUUCUAACCGACCUGAUGCAUCCCCGACAAGCUCCCUGUAUCUUUAACAGGAGAUAGCACUUACGACUCUUACGACUCCACUUUACGGCAAAAUGGGCCGUGCAACCGUCAAGACCACCAUGACCAUCAGACCACCAUGGCCGUCAGACCACCAUGACCAUCAGACCACCAUGACCAUCAGACCACCAGGAGGAGGUUGCCAGUCUUCUACCAAAAAUUGAAUUAUUGAGAACUGUCCCAUUGUCUUCUUUCUUUAACUGUGAAGAAAGAGCAAGCCAAAAAAAAAUAAAAAACCACCAUGACCAGAGAACUGUCCCAUUGUCUUCUUUCUUUAACUGUGAAGAAAGAGCAAGCCAAAAAAACAAACAAAAAAAAAACGAUGAGGAGGUUGCCAGUCUUCUACCAAAAAUGGAAUUAUUGUGUGCUGCCGUGCAACCGUCAAGACCACCAUGACCAUCAGACCACCAUGGCCAGGAACUGUCCCACUGUCUUCUUUCUUUAACUGUGAAGAAAGAGCAAGCCAAAAAAAAACGUGGAGGAGGUUGCCAGUCUUCUACCAAAAAUGGAAUUAUUGUGUCCUGCCGUGCAACCGUCAAGACCACCAAGGCCAUCAGAACACCAUGGCCAUCAGACCACCAUGACCAUCAAACCACCAUGGCCAUCAAACCACCAAGGCCGUCAGACCACCAUGAACAUCAGACCACCAUGAACAUCAGACCACCAUGAACAUCAGACCACCAUGACCAUCAAACCACCAAGGCCAUCAGACCACCAUGACCAGAGAACUGUCCCACUGUCUUCUUUCUUUAACUGUGAAGAAAGAGCAAGCCAAAAAAAAAAAAAACGAGGAGGAGGUUGCCAGUCUUCUACCAAAAAUGGAAUUAUUGUGUGCUGCCGUGCAACCGUCAAGACCACCAUGACCAUCAGACCACCAUGGCCAGGAACUAUCCCACUGUCUUCUUUCUUUAACUGUGAAGAAAGAGCAAGCCAAAAAAAAACGAGGAGGAGGUUGCCAGUCUUCUACCAAAAAUGGAAUUAUUGUGUGCUGCCGUGCAACCGUCAAGACCACCAUGACCAUCAGACCACCAUGACCAUCAGACCACCAAGGCCAUCAGACCACCAUGACCAUCAAACCACCAUGGCCGUCAGACCACCAUGGCCAUCAAACCACCAAGGCCGUCAGACCACCAUGACCAUCAGACCACCAUGACCAUCAGACCACCAUGAUCCUCAGACCAUCAGACCACCACGGCCAUCAGACUACCAUGGCCAUCAAACCACCAAGGCCGUCAGACCACCAUGGCCGUCAGACCACCAUGGCCAUCAGACCACCAUGGCCAUCAGACCACCAUGACCAGAGAACUGUCCCACUGUCUCCUUCCUUUAAUUGUGAA